AACCAUCUUCGUUUCGCGCGUUUUAUCUCUCUCAUAUUAUAUAUCCGUACCGUUUCUUUUCUGUACUCUCUCUAAUGGCCUCAGCGAAACGCGAAGCUCCUCCCAGUGAAGACCAACCCCAGGAGGCCCUGAAGAAGGCCAGGGUCGCCGGCGAUAACGUUUCGUCCUGCAACUCGUCUUCAGAACCCCUAAACCGGAAGCAGCGUGUAGCGCUCAAUCGCGCCGACUGUGCCCUAGAUUUUGUAAUCGAGGGCAAUGAGCGUCGAGGAUAUGCACUUUGCGAUCAGGGCUUUGCUUAUUGCUGGUCCGGAGCUCGAGCGAAUGUGGGGAUUAAUGGAGGGAAGUACUGUUUCGGCUGCAAGAUCGUGUCUUAUCAGUCGGUGGACAUGGAGGAUACUAAGCUUGAUCAGCAGCAUCUAUGCCGACUCGGAAUUUCGAGAGGGGAUGAUGCGGUUGGGAGCCUUGGGGAAACAGCUUUCGGCUUUGGGUAUGGGGGCACUGGAAAAUUCUCGUAUCAUAGCAAGUUUUCGGAUUAUGGUGAGAAGUUUGGUCUUGGCGAUACCAUAGCGUGUGCUGUCGAUCUCGAGGAUAAAUCUCUUGCUUCCAUUGGGUUCUAUAAGAAUGGGAAAUGGUUGGGUCGAGCAACGUUUUUCGAGGUUAAGGUUUUGGGCGUUUCAGGGGUGGAUACUGCUGCGGGGAAGAUGGAAUGGGAGUCGGGGUUUUUCCCUCACGUUUUGUUGAAAAAUGUGGUGGUGGAGCUGCAGUUCAAUGUUGAAGAUGGACUUGUUGCUGAAGAGGGUUUUAAGCCUUGGGCAUGUGCACUUGAGGAUGGAAAUGCAGUGAUGGGACCUGCUUUUUCAGACCCGAGGGCUUGUGAAGUGGUUAUGAUGGUGGGUUUGCCUGCAUCUGGAAAGACUACUUGGGCAGAGAAAUGGGCGAAACAACAUCCCGAGAAGCGUUAUAUUGUGCUUGGAACAAAUUUAAUUCUCGAUCAAAUGAAGGUGCCAGGGCUUUUGCGCGAGAGCAAUUAUGGUGAACGAUUUCAUUUCCUGAUGAAUCGAGCAACGGAUAUUUUUAACGUCCUUUUAUCCAGAGCAGCCACCACACCUCGCAAUUACAUAAUUGAUCAGACAAAUGUAUACAAGAGUGCUCGUAAACGUAAACUUAAGCCAUUUGCUUUCUUCCGGAAGAUUGCUGUUGUGGUGUUCCCAAGCCCCGAAGUGCUGAGUGUUCGUUCCGAGAAAAGAAUGGAAGAAAUGGGAAAGGAGCUCCCUGCUGAAGCAGUAAAUAAUAUGUUAGCCAAUUUUGUUUUACCUGUCAGCAAGGAUAUGCGUGGUUCAGAUGAGUACUUCGACGAGGCUAUGUUUGUAGAACUCAACAGAGAAGAGUCACAGAGAUAUUUGGAUGAGAUGAAGCGGUCACUCGCAAGCAUUGACUCUAAUACGUAUUCUGUUGGAAGCUCUGUUCCUACGUUCUCACCAAAUUAUGGGCAAAGUCUUGUGCUGCCAAUUCCUCCGCCUGCACCUAGGAUGACUGUGGUGCGGCCAUAUCCUAUUGUUUCGCCUUCUCCAAGGGCUGUUAACCCUUCUGGAACUUAUUCUGGCUACUCGGGCAGUUACAGUGGUGUUCCUAGGGGAGGUACAGAUCAUUACCAGAGUUAUGGACGACCAGGUGCUCCCACUAACCCCUACGGUAGUAGUACCAGUGGAGCUUAUCCAGUAGGCAGUGCAACAACUUCUUUCACAGGCAAUGCCUACGGACAUCUUGGUGGUGCUGGAGAUCCCAGAAGUGCUGCUCCCUGGGCUCCAAUAGCACCCACAUUUCUUCCCAAUCCUUCCCCACCUGCACAUGGAGGCUUACCAUAUGGAACUCCAGCUCCUGGUCCUCAGUACGGACAUCUUCCUCCUGUUAACACUCCAUAUCAUGGAGGCCAUUACCCUCCUACGCCGGGGUACUACCACUGACUGCUAUAAAGACUUGACGGUCAUCAUCUUGACGCCUUAGGCUACCCCUCCGGACAGACUAUUCACGAAACAGGAAGAACUAGAAGGUAGAUUGGGUUUCAUACUUUCAUGAACUGCUGCUUCUUGCAAAGCAUGAUAGCUUAUAAGAUUUUGAGGGAGGGAGGGAGAUAGGUAGUUGUAUAUUUUCAACUCAAGGUUGUAUAUGACUCUGACUGCAUUUUGGUUCUUUCAUCAACAA